AUGAAGGUCCUCACAUACACCUUGCUCACCAUCGCCGCGGCCGCUAUCGGUACAUGCUACCGGCACGAGACGAUCGGCUGCAUCCAUGACCGUGUCCGGGGCUCAUUGCUGUACUCCAAAAUACCAAUGCCUCAGCAACGAGUGCCAGCGUUACGGACCAAGCUGCGACCCACUGUGCGAAUAGAGCGUCAAUCUUUCGCUGCCAAUGACCGGAAGAGGGCACUUCCUCGGUUUCAACCUCCUGAGGACGACGGCGAUCAGGUUCGCCAGAGCCACUUCCGCUCGGUCUACCGUCAUGAUCUCGGUCGCACCUCCAUUCCAGACAUUGUCGACGAUAGGCUUGGAACAUCGCUCACUCUUCCAUCGAUACACCCUCGAGUAGCAGGCCGAGAUACUGGUCUGGCUCCGAAAGUCACCGCCUCUGUACUGUUGGAGGCCCCUCGAGUGUUAGUCGUACGAUGCCAGUGGUCUCUCCUACUCGUUGUGGAUGCUACGCCAAGAACGUAUUGCUGGCUCGAAGUGCUGCCAUGGCUUGACACGACAACCAGCAACGAGUACGAGCAUGAUCUGCUCAGCGCAUACUCCCGUUUCUUCCGCUACUUCUUUUCGUUCCGUGAGGCAGAUCUGCUAAACCUCUUCAACCUUUUGAGAUCGCAGGAGCGCCCACUUGAGCUUGUCACAGCACAUACUCAACUACUGCGCAAAGUCGAUAUGGCUUUACCGAGCAGCAAGAAGGACCAAGAAGGUCCCGCUCCACCACCACCCAAGAGCCUCACUGGCUACGACGAGGAGAUCGAGAAGCGCAACGCACCUGUCGAGUCUGACGAUCCUGUCAACUUCCGCGCUGGCCCCAUGCGUAGACAAGCUCUGGCUGAAGAGGAAGAGGACCGCGUCGAUGAAGAUGUCGGUGAGGAAGAUGAAGAAGACGCGAAUGGAGGAGACGAAGAUGAAAUGGACGGAGAGAAUAUCGAGGACGAGAAUGGCAGCGAGGAAAACCCUCUCGCCGACCUAAACCAGCUUGCCAACCUCCCACCUACUGUUCUCCCUCAAGCCGGGCCAGUGCAGCCUCCAGCACCACCAGGUCCUCCACCAGUCGCUUCACCCGCCAGCACCGGUCCCUAUCCUCGAAUACCAUCCUUGCUGCCCGGCGCGCCUCUACCGGUGCCAAACGCUGCUCUGGUCGCGAGGUUCGAGCCGAUGAUUCAGGCGCUGAAGCCAGUCCGCGUUGCACGCAAUCCUCCAGUCCCAGGCGCUCCGCGGGGUGGACGUGGUGGACGUGGCGGAGGACAUGUCCAAACUCGUCGAGCUCAUCCACGUUCGCCGAGUUGGACCGAUGCCGAGAGUCUUGUCCUUCUCAAGAUUUACCAAGAAUAUCGCGUCAACAACGCUUUCCCCACUCACCUCGAGUAUAUCGCCAUCCACGACGCGAUCGUCUGGCCCCACAUUGCGUAUCCCGUGCGCACGGAGGCUUCCUUCACCCAGCAAAUGGGUCUCUUCACGAGGGUUGCGCAUCCCACCGGUCCUUCCACACGCGACUACAACCGCGUGCCGCAGCAGAUUGCCGUCCUCGAAGCGGGGUUAGCCGGCCUGCCUCUCCCAGCCAAUGGACCUCUUCGCUUCCUCCCUACACCUCGUGGCGCUGGUGGGACUAUGGUUCCCCACAACAUUACCCCUCUGCCACAGCCACCGGCUCCUCUCCCAGGUGAGGUUGAGUCGUCUGACGACGGAACCGACGACUUGGAGAGCGACAAUGAAGACAGCGUUGGAGGAAAAGACGACUCCGACAACUCCAACGACGAGGCCGGCAAUGGCGGAAAAGGUGGCUCGCGAGGCAAGCAGCCAGCGGGCGAGAUCGGCGGAAAGGAUACGGGCAACAAGGGGAAGCGCAAGACUUCACACGGCGAGGACGGUACUGCAUCUCCUCCUCUGAAGAAAAGCAAGAUCGCAGUGAAGAAAGCGCGCAUGGCUGAGGAGGCCAAGCAACGCGUUGAAAUGUUUGGUCCAUACGUGGCUACUCCAAUGGCUCAAAACUUCGAGGUUGAGGCAGAGCUCGCAGAGGAUGCCAGGAAACUCAAGGAAGCCAGGAAGGCCGAGCAGGCGCAGGACAAGGACGGUCGAAAGGAGUAA